AUGAUAAAUAGAUACAUUGAUAAACAAUUAAUACCGACGCGCCGUUUGAUUGAUAAGACGCGCCGCGCCAAUUUUCCUUUGGCGCGUGACACAAAGACCGACAAUUGUCGGGAAGCCACGCGGCGAUCAUACAAGCCUUGCCGCGCAAUACCGAUCAGACGGCGCGUCAACUGUACCACGCUAUACCACUCCACGCUCCACGCGACGCGCAACGCGCCGUGUGAUCCCACCUUAAGAUCUGGAGCACAAGGCACAAGUUACAAGCCAAAAUGGCCAUUUUUUGAAUUUAUGUUAUUUGUAAAAGACACCCUUCUUCCAAAUGUAACAAGUGGAAAUCUUCCUACUCCUAUGAUUUCUGAGACCCAUUCCGAGAUAAAUGACUCAGAAGAUGACUUUAUCGAAAUUGGUAAUUAUGAGGAAAAUGUUAAUGAAGGACUUCUUCAAGAAACACUUGGGUCUGUUUCAUCAAAUGAAUUUCCAACACCAGAAAAAAAAGGUAAGAAACCACGGGUUGGAGACAUUGACUUUGAUCCUUUUUUGCAAAUAGAGCAACAAAAAUUAGAUCUUAUUAGGGAAGAGCAAAAAAAGGACUCAACUAUGACAAAUAAUCCCGAUUACCUUAUUUUAAUGAGUCUAUUGCCUUAUUUAAAAAAAUUGGAUGCAUUGGAAAAAUUACAACUGCGCACAAAUAUUCAAAAUGUAGUUUUUCAAACAUUUAAACAAAAAGUAAUUGAAAAAUAA